AUGGUCUCAGUUGGGGGUCUUGGAUGGACGGUGAUAGCCGUCAUGAUCGUUGAGACGCUGAUGGCCGCGACUUUCUUAAGUGCCCGCUUUUGGGCGAGGAUACGCUUGCUUGGUGGUCUCAGGUCCGACGACUACCUUUUGCUUGCAACAUUAAUAUACUUGGCUGUGGUCACCAUCUUGUGCGCACUCGCCGCAAGAGAAGGAUUCGGCCAACAUUCAAAUGCCCUGACCAUUGAAGAGAAUGUGGCUGCCACGAAGCUGCUCAUUAUCUCACAAACUUUCCUCUGUCUUUGCGUCUGGUUUAGCAAAGUGGCCACCGCCGACUUUUUGCUCAAGAUCGUUACUCAGAAAUGGCAUAAGAUAUUUCUCUAUUUCUGCAUGAUUUCUGUCUCCGUGCUGGGCGCGGUCGUCUUUGUCGGCUUCUAUACCCAAUGCUCGCCCCUCGGCAUGGCUUGGGACCCGCGUAUUCAGGGUAAAUGCUACAUCAAUGUAACUGUUUUGGGUACUGUCAACGCCGCGUACACGACAGCGAUCGAUUUCAUCCUAGCUGGUCUUCCAUGGCUUUUCCUUCGCAAACUGCAGAUGAAGCCUAAGGAGAAACUCAUCAUCAAUCUUUCACUGAGCGUCGGCAUCUUCGCGGGAGUCUGCGGCAUCAUCCGCGUGACAAAAGCAGCCUCAUUAUCGGCGAAAUCCGACUACACCUACGAAACCGUCGAGCUUCAACUCUGGUCCACCACCGAAACCACCGUCAGCAUCAUGUGCCUGUGCUUCCCAGUGCUGCGGCCGCUCUGGCGCCGCUACGUCAAGGGCCUCAGCAAGGGCGACAGCAGCAACGGGCCCUUCUCGUCGCGCGAGCGCGGCUACCAGCUCAGCGGCCGCACCAACACGACCAACAAGAACGGCAACACGUUCACCGUCAGCGCCAGCGUGCCGGGCAUCAAGCACUCCAAGCAGCCCGACAACGACAGCGCGGAUAGCAUACUCGGGGAGGAUUUUAGGAUGCACAGCACGAACCCGCAUGCGUUGGGCGGGAUUAAGGAGACGAAGAGUGUGGUUAUUGAGUAUGAUGAUCGGGAUACGGAGAGGAGCCAGAGUGGGCGCAGUGUUUGA